UAUUAAUUGCCAUUAAAUAUUCCUCAUGACCCAUCCACUGCAGCCGGUGGUUUAGUUGUAUGAAGUUAAGUCCUCCCCUCUCUCCAUCCUUAUAACUCAUCUCUCUCCCCACACACACAAAAAAAAAAUCCAAAAUAAAAAAAAAAAAUGAGCUUUCGCAAGAAAUCCACUCCCGGCAGAUCAGAAGAAGAAGAAGAAGAAAAACAGAGCAUUAAUCUCAACAAAGAUGAAGAAGAUAACAACAAUAACAAGAAGAAGAAGAAGAAGAAGAAGAGAGUUCCUUUCAGUAAGCUCUUCAGCUUCGCCGACCCUUUGGAUUGCCUUCUCAUGACUCUCGGAAGCUUAGGAGCCUGCGUUCAUGGCGCCUCCGUGCCCGUCUUCUUCAUCUUCUUCGGCAAACUCAUCAACAUCAUCGGCAUCGCCUAUCUCUUCCCCACUUCCGUUUCCCAUCGCGUCGCCCUAUACUCUCUGGACUUCGUAUACCUUGGCAUAGUUAUUCUCUUCUCCGCAUGGACUGAGGUGGCAUGUUGGAUGCAUACGGGAGAGAGACAGGUGGCGAAGAUGAGGCUGGCUUAUUUACGAGCACUAUUGGAUCAAAACAUUGAGGUUUUUGACACUGAAGCCUCCACUGGCGAGGUCAUUGCCGCCAUUACCAGUGAUAUUAUCAUCGUCCAAGAUGCAAUAUCUGAAAAGGUCGGAAACUUUCUGCACUACAUCAGCCGCUUCCUCAGCGGCUUUGCGAUAGGGUUUUCUCGCGUAUGGCAGAUCAGCCUUGUAACGCUCUCAAUCGUCCCCCUCAUCGCCGUCGCCGGCGGCAUAUAUGUCUUUGUCGCCACCGGCCUCAUUGCCCGCGUCCGCAAAUCCUACAUCAAGGCCGGCGAGAUCGCCGAAGAGGUGGUCGGAACUGUGAGAACGGUUCAGGCGUUCGUGGGGGAGGAGAAGGCGGUGAAAAGCUAUAGGACUGCGCUGCAGGGUACGUACAAGUAUGGGAAGAAAGGUGGAUUGGCGAAGGGUUUGGGUUUGGGCUCUUUACAUUGCAUUCUCUUCCUUUCAUGGGCGUUGCUGGUUUGGUUUACAAGCAUUGUGGUUCACAAGGAGAUAUCUAAUGGGGGCGAAUCUUUUACCACCAUGCUUAAUGUCGUCAUCGCUGGACUGUCGCUCGGGCAGGCGGCUCCAAAUAUCUCCACAUUCCUCAGAGCAAGAACUGCUGCAUACCCCAUCUUCAAGAUGAUAGAGAAGAAAACAGUGCGCCAAACUGCGGCCAUUGCUGGGCAGAAGCUUCCCAUUGUGGACGGCCAUAUUCAAUGCUGUAAUGUUUCUUUCAGCUACCCUUCUCGACCCGAUGUUCUGGUCUUCGAUCGGCUUAAUCUGGACAUUCCGUCCGGAAAAAUAGUCGCCCUGGUUGGAGGCAGUGGAUCUGGCAAAAGCACAAUUAUCUCGCUCAUCGAACGGUUUUAUGACCCGCUCUCUGGUUCAAUAUUUUUGGACGGAAAAGAUACGCGGGAUCUUGACCUCAAGUGGCUGAGGCAUCAGAUUGGAUUAGUUAAUCAGGAGCCUGCUCUGUUUGCCACAAGCAUUAGGGAGAACAUUCUUUAUGGGAAAGAUGGUGCCACCCUUGAUGAGAUUAUACAGGCUGCCAAGCUCUCAGAGGCUAUAACCUUUAUUCAUAACCUUCCUGAUGGUUAUGAGACACAGGUUGGUGAAAGGGGGAUUCAACUAUCAGGAGGACAGAAGCAACGAAUUGCGAUAUCUAGAGCAAUACUGAAGAAUCCUUCCAUUCUCCUGCUUGAUGAGGCCACUAGUGCCCUGGAUGCCGAGUCCGAGAAGAGCGUGCAACAAGCGCUUGAUCGAGUGAUGGUUGGGCGCACCACAGUCGUGGUAGCUCACAGGCUGUCAACAAUAAGGAAUGCUGAUAUCAUUGCUGUUGUUGAAGGUGGAAAGAUUGUGGAGACUGGAACCCAUGACCAGCUUAUUUCACGGCCCCAAAGCGUGUACUCAUCACUUGUUCAGAUCCAAGAUGCUGUGACUCUGCGAGGUUCCUUAGAGAGUUCAAGUUUUCAGCGUCCUCAGAGCGUCAAGUUUUCACAAGAGGUUUCUCAUGGGGCUGCAAGUUUAGGAGCCAGCUUCAGAUCUGAUAAGGAUUCCGUUCGCCAGACUGUUCCUGAAGAAAUCAAUCCUACAAAGAAGAAGCAUGUUUCUGUCGGAAGAUUGUAUUCCAUGGCUGGUCCUGAUUGGAUUUAUGGGGUGUUUGGCACUGUGGGUGCUUUGGUGGCUGGCGCACAAAUGCCGCUUUUUGCUCUUGGAGUAACACAAGCUCUUGUUUCCUAUUACAUGGCUUGGGAGACGACACAGGCUGAGGUGAAAAAGAUUGCUCUUCUUUUCUGUGGUGGUGCUGUUCUGACAGUGAUUUUCCAUGUUAUGGCUCAUCUAAACUUUGGCAUCAUGGGAGAAAGGCUUACACUUCGUGUCAGGGAGAGAAUGUUUGGCGCGAUGUUACAAAAUGAGAUUGGUUGGUUUGAUGAUGCGAAGAAUAACAGCGCGAUAUUAGCAUCUCAUCUUGAAACUGAUGCAACGCUACUUCGAACUAUAGUCGUAGACCGCUCGACUAUUCUCAUUCAAAACGUCGGAAUGAUUGUGACAUCUCUUAUUAUCGCAUUCAUCCUUAAUUGGAGGAUUACUCUUGUGGUUUUAGCAACAUAUCCAUUGAUGGUUAGUGGUCAUAUCAGUGAGAAAUUAUUCAUGAAAGGAUAUGGAGGUAACUUGGGCAAGGCUUAUCUGAAAGCGAACAUGUUAGCUGCUGAGGCUGUGAGCAACAUUAGAACUGUGGCUGCUUUUUGUUCUGAGGAUAAAGUGAUUGAUUUAUAUUCGAGGGAACUGAAGGGUCCAUCGAGUCGAUCUUUCCGUCGUGGGCAACUUGCUGGUCUUUUUUAUGGUGUCUCCCAGUUCUUCUUGUUCUCUUCUUAUGCCCUUGCUCUCUGGUAUGGCUCAGUUCUUAUGGGCAAGGAACAAGCAAGUUUCAAAUCUGUGAUGAAGUCCUUCAUGGUCUUGAUAGUUACCGCACUAGCCAUGGGAGAAACCUUAGCAAUGGCCCCAGACCUCGUUAAAGGGAAUCAGAUGGCGGCUUCGGUUUUCGAAAUACUGGACCGGAAGACCCAAAUUGUGGCUGAUGCCGGGGAUGAAGUCGGGAGAGUCGAGGGUGAAAUAGAGUUGAGGGGAGUCCAAUUCUAUUAUCCUUCAAGGCCUGAAGUUGUGAUAUUCAGAGAUUUCAACCUGAGAGUAAAAUCUGGAAAGACUAUGGCUUUAGUUGGCACAAGUGGAUCUGGAAAGAGCACAGUGCUGACUUUAAUUCUAAGAUUUUAUGAUGUCGCCGCCGGAAAAGUGAUGAUUGAUGGUAAAGACAUUAGGAAACUCCACCUCAAGUCCCUGCGUAAACACAUUGGGCUAGUUCAGCAAGAACCCGUUCUCUUCGCCACCACCAUUUAUGAUAACAUUAUCUAUGGAAAGGAUGGUGCAACUGAGUCAGAGGUUAUUGAGUCUGCUAAACUCGCAAAUGCUCACUCGUUUAUUAGUUCACUCCCGGAAGGUUACUCCACGAAAGUUGGGGAACGAGGGGUGCAGCUUUCUGGCGGACAGAAGCAGCGUGUAGCCAUUGCUCGAGCCAUCAUAAAGAACCCCGCCAUUCUGGAUGAGGCCACGAGCGCCCUGGACGUGGAGUCAGAGAAUGUGGGUCAGCAGGCGCUGGAUCGAAUAAUGAAGGGACGUACGACUGUCGUGGUGGCUCACAGGCUAUCCACCAUUCAAAAUGCAGAUGUGAUAUCUGUUCUGCAGGAGGGAAAGGUUGUAGAACAAGGGAGCCACACAGCAUUAAUCGAAAAUAAGAACGGGUCAUAUUUCAAAUUGAUAAAUAUUCAGCAGCAGCAGCAGCAGCAGCAGCAGCAGAAGCAGUUUUAAUAGUUGAUUAAUGGGGAGAUAUUUCUUCUGAGUGAGCUAGAGAAACAGUGAUGAUGGCUCACACAGCCGAAAUGAUCUCUCCUACUUAUGCAAAGUGAGUUUUACAUUGUUUUCCCUUAUUUAAAUUAUAGUACUGUAAUCAUUUUUAUGCCAUGUUGCUAUUAUUGUUUAGCAUAAGGUAUCGAUUUAUACAGUUGAUGUUACAAAUAGCAUUUAUACAGCACACCAUCCUUCUUUACUGAUUGAAAAUGUAAAUGUGGAGUGGAAAUUCGCUCCUGCUUUUAUCAGAGCCAAUCUGCUGCUGUUUGUUAACUUAUCGAUUACAAUGUGCAUACUUUUUUUGUGCUUAUUUG